AUGAAUAAUAGCAAUAUCUUUUUUAACAAUACUAUUCUCGAUUUAAGUAAGGAAAAUGGUGACAUUUUGGCUACCGUCAGUGCAGGUAGCAUUGACCUUGGCAAUAAUAAAAAAAUUACCGGCACUAAAAAAGGCACUCCUUUUAUGGCCACAAAGGUUGCGGAAGAAUUAGUUAGAAAAGCGAAUGAAUUUGGGGUUCAUAAUGUUGAAUUACAAGUUAAGAAUAUUGGGGCUGGUCGCGAUACGGUAAUAAGGAGAAUAUUGGAAGAAAAAUCCUUAAAUGUUGAAGCCUUAAUCGAUAAAACUAAAGAUAAGGACGGACAGAUAGUUAGCGUGGAAAUAAGCGUUUAUGAUGAUAAGA